AUGGGCUUCACCGAUUUCAUUUCCGACGCAGGUCUCACCCUCCUGAACAACUGGGUCAAGACCCGCAGCUACAUCGUUGGCUACACCCCGUCGCAGGCCGACGUCAAGGUCUUCCAGCAGAUCAAGCAGAUCCCUGCCCCCGAGAAGUUCCCUUACGCCUGGAGGUGGUACAACCACAUCCUCACCUUCGAGGGCGAGUUCGAGACUCUCCCGGGUGACCCAACCAAGGAGGCCACCGCCUAUGGCCCUGAGUCCAGCGAGCUCACACUUAACCCCGCCGCCGCCCCCGAGAAGGAGGCUGAGGACGACGACGACGAGGUCGACCUGUUCGGCUCCGAUGAUGAGGUCGAUGAGGAGGCUGAGCGCAUCAAGGCUGAGCGUCUUGCCGAGUACAACAAGAAGAAGGCCGGCAAGGUAAAGCCUGCUGCCAAGUCUAUCGUCACCCUCGACGUCAAGCCCUGGGAUGAUGAGACAGACAUGGAUGAGCUCAAGGCCAACGUUCUCUCCAUCGAGAAGGACGGUCUGGUCUGGGGUGGCUCUAAGCUGGUCGCUGUUGGUUUCGGUAUCAAGAAGCUCCAGAUCAACUUGGUGAUCGAGGACGACAAGGUAUCUCUCGAUGAGCUUCAGCAGCAGAUUGAGGAAUUCGAGGACCACGUCCAGUCCACUGAUGUCAUUGCCAUGCAGAAGUUGUAG